AUGAGCUGUAGGAAGUUCAAUGCACCGAGACAUGGAUCUUUACAGUUCUGCCCGAGAAAGAGGUCUAAUACAAUCACGCCGUCUGCAGGGGCAUUUCCCGCCGACGACAGCUCGCAGCCUGUGCACCUCACUGGGUUCAUGGGGGACAAGGCUGGGAUGACACAUGUGAUCAGGACAAAGACACAGGUUGCAAAGAACAAGCAGCUUUCGCGUGAGGUGAUGGAUGCAUUGACCAUACUUGAGGCGCCGCCGAUGGUUGUGUAUGGGAUAGUUGGGUAUGAGAGGACGGUUACCGGGCUACGCAGGCUGCCGAUUGUUCUUGCAUCCUAUGUGAGCGACGGGGUUCUCCGCAGGAUGUUUGGGAACAACUAUGUGGAGAAGGGGAACAGCAAGGGGUUCUGUGCCAGUGAGGAUUCUGAGUCUAGGAUUUCUGAGAUCAAGAAGAGGGCCGAGUGUGUAAGGGUUCUUGUGCAGACGCAGCCUGGGCUGAUCAAGAAGCUUGCGCUGAAGAAGGCACACAUUGCCGAGAUCCAGGUGAACGGAGGAAGCAUCUCUGAGAAGGUGGACUGGGCUCUGAAUAUGCUUGAGAAGGAGGUCCAUGUUGGAGAUGUGUUUGGAGAGAACGAGAAUAUUGACGUUAUUGGAGUGACGAAGGGAAAGGGGUUCCAAGGGACUGUGAAGAGGUUUGGAGUGCGAAAGCAGCCCCGGAAGUCGCGAAAGGGGAUCCGAAAGGUUGCAUGUAUUGGUGCAUGGCAUCCAAGCCGUGUGAUGUACUCUGUUGCACGGGCGGGGCAGAUGGGAUUCCAUAGAAGGACGGAGAAGAACAAGAGGGUGUACAUGGUUGGGAAUGGAAGCAGCAGCAUCAGGACUGAGUUUGACCUGACCGAGAAGUUUAUUUCUCCCAUGGGAGGGUUCCCUCACUAUGGAGAGGUGAAGAACGACUUUAUCAUGGUGAAAGGGGCUGUUGUCGGGCCCCGGAAGAGGGUUGUGACGCUACGAAAGAGCCUUAGCAUGCAGAAGCCCAGCGAGGAGCUUGUGAUCAAGUUUGUUGACACAUCGUCGAAGAUAGGGCAUGGGCGAUUCCAGACAAGCGAAGAGAAGAGGGCAUUCUAUGGAGCCAAGAAGGCCGAGGUUGCCCCAGAAAUCCAUUAA